AUGGUCCAUUUCCCAUCUACUCCCUCGAGCAAAAAUGAUGAGCCUCUGCCGCUGAUUGGGAAGCAAAGUGCCGAGAUCCACGUUCAAGAAGUUGGCGGCGAAAAGCCGUACAUUGACAUUUCGAGCACUAGGUUGACUCCCGAGGAGCUUGAGAGGAGAAACAACUCCCAAUGGUUCAAGAUUAAAAGGGCGUUGUGGGAUGGCACUGGCAAACACCCAAAGGAGCAGAAAUACUUGAUCAAGUUGGAUUUCUUUCUAUUGACAUCCUCGUGUUUGGGAUACUUUAUCAAGAAUCUCAAUCAGAGCAAUGUGACCACCGCGUACGUGAAUGGAAUGGACGAGUACUAUAAUAUGAACCACAACCAGUACAAUUACAUGGUCACCUUGUUUACAGUUGGCUACAUCAUCGGCCAAAUACCUUCCAACCUCAUCCUCCACAGAAUUUCCGCGCGCUACUAUCUAGGGGGCUUGCAGAUCCUUUGGUCGAUUCUCACCUUGUUGAUGAUCACCGUGCCCGCAUCCAACAUCAGAGGCUUGUACGCGCUAAGGUUCUUCUUGGGCUUGCUCGAGAGUGGCUACUUCCCCGCGUUGGAGUACUUGUUGGGUUCAAACUAUGGAACCAGCGAGUUGCUGAAAAGGUCUGCGUAUUUCGCCGUGAGUGCUGGAUUUGCCGGCAUCAUUAGUCCCGUGUUGCAGCAGGCUGUUAUCAAAGGGUUCAAACACAGCAAAUUGCCACCGUUUAAAAUCAUGUUUGUGAUUGACAUGGUUAUCAGCUUGCCCAUUGGUGUUUACACUUUGUUUGUCGACCCCAAUACCCCAUCGACUACAGACGCGUUCUACUUUGACGAAGAGGACAAGCUCGUUGGUUUGGAACGAAGAAGAUUGCUCGGCGCCGAGUUGAACACUAGAAAGAAGUAUACUUGGAAAAAGAUCGCGUCCUUUUUUAAUACCUGGCACAUAUGGGUGUUUCCCUUGUUGUUUCUUUGCUACAACAACAGUUGUGCUGCAAACUCGCAGCCCACUUUUACAACAUUCAUGAAGAUUUACCUCAAGAAGCCAUCCAGUGUCUAUAACUCAUGGCCGUCGGUGUUGGCCGCUAUCGGGAUCGUCAUUACCGUUGUGUUUGCCUAUAUCAACGACUACUUGGGAGGUAAAAAGAAUGUUUGGUUUGUUAGCGCUUUUUUUAUCUGCUUGAUAAUCGGCUGCUCUUUGCUUGCCAAGUGGGACAUCCCCAUUGGCUUGCAUUGGUUCUGCUAUUUUUUGAUUGGUAUACCAACACUGUGGGGGCAGCCCUUUAUAUUCUCAUGGGUGAAUCGGUUGCUUUUCGCCGAUGACAUGAAGCGGAAUUUUGUCGUUGUUGUCACCAACACCUUGGCGUACGUCACGGGGGCAUGGGUGCCAAUCUUGGUGUGGAACACAAACGACAAGCCUUUUUAUUUCAUCGGUUUCACCUAUACUGCCUGCUUAUCUGCCGCUGGCUUGGUCUUGACUGCUCUCGUUUACUAUUUGAGUGAACGCGACGAGAGACGAAAAGCCAAUGAAGUUGAAACAAAGAGUGAAGAGGAGUCUAUUGGCAGUGACAAGUCUAUCCUGUAA